UCAGGAGUAAUGGACUGUGUAUCUUCACGUUUUUCAGGACAUGAAGGUGAUGACGCCGAGCUCGUCCCCACCGCCAGAACGGGGCUUGCCCAUUAAUGCAGCAUUUCGUCCGCAGCAGACUAACAUCAUGUGUGCUGAGGAUGAUGACUUCACAUCAGAUGAUGACCAUCUUGAAGAGCGCAAUGCCUUUCACAUACUGAGUACAUUGGAAACCAGGCCACACCUGUAUCAGCCAAGAGAGCAGCAGGGUCCAUUCAGCGACCUGAAUGUGUUGAAGAACAAACCGGCCCACUUAGCUGUGUUCCUACAUUAUCUGAUAUCAAACAGUGACCCGUCCCCUUUGUUCUUCUACCUUGUUACUGACAGCUAUCAGCAGCAGACAGGGAAUGCCAAAGAAAUGAAGAAGUGGGCAUAUGAGAUCCAUUCAACAUUCUUAGUACCAAACGCUCCUUUAAAACUCAAUAUUGAGGAAAACGUCAUCCUAGCAGCAGACAAAGUUCUAGAACGAGGAACGGAGGAGCAGCUACGGAAUAUUUUCAACAAACCUAGAGAUGUAGCCCAGAAUGACAUACGAGAAUUGCUAGCUGAUUUCAGGAGAACGGGAGACCUGGGUUUGAGCAGUAUCUAUGGUGCUCAUGAACUGAAAGAUGAAUACAUGGACAGAAACAAUGAACUGAAGAUUGCUGAAAAAUACCUGGCACCUCAUCUGGAGAGAUUGGUAGAUGACCGUCAGGACAGGGCCCAGGCCAUGGCCUCAGCGCUGACCACCUUCCUGCGGUCAGUUGGGAUCACCAAGGUCGGCCAGACAUCCAACGUCCUGGAGAGGUGUCCAAGCUUUGUGGCGAAAGACAAGAGGUUCACAAGUUUUAUGGGUCUCAAGAAAAAUGUGAAGAAGGUCUUCUCUGUCCGUGGUCACAGCUUUAUGCCACAGCAUUAUAGUCAAACCACCUUCUGUGUGUACUGCCAUAACAUCAUCUGGGGGAUAGGAUACCAAGGAUACCAGUGUAAAGACUGCAAGUGCGACAUUCACAAACAGUGUCUGGACGUGUUGGAGGAGCCGUGUGUAGGGAAGCGAAAACGGCCGUCUACGGCAGUCUACAUGCGAGAGCAAAUCUCUAGUCUGCUUGGACCAGGCUCUGGGGCAGAGAAGAAGACGCCAUCCUCACGUAAGUCGUGCUUCGAUGUACUCUUUGUUUUCAGUGUACCCCAAAAUUUAAUGCAUAUGUAUAUAUGUGUGUGCGUGUGUGUGUGUGUGAUUUACUUCCCGUUCUCUAUUUACCUGAAGUUAUACAU